GAUUAAUUUACUUGAUUCUGAAUCAACUUUAAAUUUUAUUUAUGUUAAUUCUUGUUUAUUAUCUUAUUACAUUUUUAAUUUAAUUACAAUUUCUUGGUAAACUCAUCUAUUGAUAAAUUUUACAAUCCAACAGACGGAGCUGAAAUCAGGAUACAAUCUACUACAAGGGUUGCUACUCAGGUGUCACUACUGUUUAUGAAACAGCAGAUUAUUUUUGUGUGUGUUUCAAUAAUUCCGUUUUAUUUAGGUUUUGAUUUAUUGUUGUUAAUAAUUAUUUAGUCCCAAUGAAUAAUUCUAGUAGUAAACAGAAAUCCUCUAAAUCAUCUAAAGAGGAUUCUGGUAGUAAAAAACGAAAAGGUGAACAUCACUCUGAGAAAAGUAAGAGCAAAAAAUCUAUUGCUGCAACACCAGAAAAACUGAAACCUCAACCACCACCUCCACCUCAAAUUCAACCCUGUUAUACUUCUCCGUCAUCAUCAACAAUCUCUUCAGCUUAUAACAAUACUGUUGUCAACAAUCAAUUUAAACCUAAAUCUGGACUCGCUCUUUACGCGUCUAAAGCCAAGACUCGGUCUAAAGUGUAUUCGGGUACAGUUCGUAAUGCAACAUAUGACAAUGUGCCCAAGCUGGAAAAGUUAUGCCUCCAGGUUUUAAUGGACAAUUAUACAAAUAUUACUUAUCUUGGUGAUGCUCCUUAUUGGUUAAUUAAACCAGUCCUUGAAAAGUGUACAUCUAAUCAAUUAUUUAUUUUGGAAGAUUACAAUCCAAGGUUAACUGAAGAUGAUGAUGAACUUUGGAAAUGGCAUUGUGAGAAAGAAUUUCGAGAUUAUAAAAGACAAGAGGAUGAAACCUGGAGAGAUUUAUUUAUACGCGCUGAACAAGAACGAAAACGUAAAUUGGAACGCAUUACUCGCAGUAUUGACAUGAAGGAGAAGUCAAGAGGACCAGUUCGAAAGACCCAGUUAGCUUUUACAGACACAGUUCCUAAGCCUCCUCGUAACAUUAAAAAGAUACAAGACAAAAAGGCAGCCGGCUUUGUCAAAGUCACCGCCUCAUCAAGUAUGUCCAGCUCAUCAAGCUCCCCAUCUAGUUCUAAUGCUGCGGCCGCUGCUGGAAAAAAGACCAAAGGUUUACUCAUGAAGAAUGCUCUUAAAAUGAUGCAAACCAUACGAAGACAAUAUUAGGACUAUUUUUUAAAUGAAAAGAUUUGUAAGUUCAUUGUUAAUGGUAGUAAAGAUGUUCUUAUAUCAUUGCAUAAACCUUUUAUGCCAUCAUUCAACAAAUCAUGUCCAUAUUGUAAACUCUGAUUAGCUCCAUCUAUUAGAAUAAUUAAGACGAGCAAUUUAUUGUGAUAAUAAGAAAGGGUGAGUAAUUUAAAUAAAAAUUGCGAUGAAAAUUAUUUAAAAGUUCAAUUGCAAAAGUGAACAAAGAAGACCUAAAAUGGCUCUUAGAUACUGAACAAAAAAGAGUGUAAACAAAAAGUCUAUUCCCACUACUUUUAGGUACAAAUAACAUAUUGGGUUUAUUUUGCCAGCUUAAAAAUUAGAAAACAAAAAUUUUAUUUCUUCUCCUACGAUUUUUAUCCCAAUAAUCUGGUAAUUGUUUCACUGCUGCUUCAACCUUAUCCGGCUCUCUGAUGAUGGAUUAGGUAAACAUAUUAUUGACUGAGAAGCGGUUAAAAAGGUAAGGGAGCCAUGAUGAAGAGUCUGAGUCGAUUCCGCUGAAUUCAGGAUUUUACCCAACAGUAACUCAUUUCACUGCCAGUGUUGAAUAAGCAUGGUUGAGAGUUACCAACAACAGUUGUUUAUUUCGUUUGUUUUUCGCCCAAUUACAUUCAACCUUAACAAUUUAUCCGUUAAUUAUGUUUCCCAUUCAAGAUGACAAUCUUCAAAUAAACCAGUUAAAACCACGAAGUAACGUAUUAACCAGAUUAACUCGACUUCCAUAGCUUUUUAGGUAAUUCAACUAAACAUUGUAAACUUUUUUCCUUCAACAUCAGUACCAAACCAUUUAUCGCCAUCAGAGAUCAACAAAUUGUGAAUCCAUUAAUGAUUUGAAAUUUAAAUUAUCGUUAAUAUACAUUAAAUUGCCUAACUUCCAGUUUAA